AUGAAUCUCCGUCCACUCGUUUCGUGUCUUCUCGCGCUGGUCGCCGUUCAAACUUGCCCAGUCGAGUCUCUUGCGGUGCCCAGGCCAUCGACAUUGGAGAGCCGUUCACUCCUUCCGCCUUAUUCUUUGCCGAAGAAUGGUCUACUCUCGUCCCUGACAAGAUCAUUAGACAUCACGGCAAAGCAGGUCGGCUAUUUGUAUGGCCCUCCAGUCGCAGGUGGUCCUUCUUUUCCAAGCGGCGCGUUAGGUCUGGUCAAGGUCGCCGCGGACCAGGCUCUCAUCCAGCUCGAUGAGGCGCCUAUCCUGGCAGCCAUUACGGUCGAUAGAGCCGACAGCACGCUGUCGGCUUCACAGUAUAAUGGCUUACAGACGCUGGACGACUAUACCCGGAUAUACGAUGGCCACUGGAAGGAAACCCUCCCGAACGGCCCCGUCCCGGGCGUCUUGACCAACUACACCCAAGACCUGUUGUUUUCCAUGGAGCGCCUAUCGAUCAGUCCAUACCAGGUGAAAAGGCUCAACCCUUCCUCGGAUACGUUACAGUUCAAUGUCGACGAUGAUCUUGCGACGAAUAUCACAGAGAUGACUCUCGAGCAGCUUUUCCAGAGCGGUCGCCUUUUCUACGCCGAUUAUCGAGACCAGAAGAAUCUCACACCAACGGAACGAUUUUCCGCCGCGUGCGACGCUUUCUUCUACAUCGAUCAGACGUCUGGGGACUUUUUGCCGCUCGCCAUUCGCACGAACGUGGGGUCCAACCUGAUCUAUACGCCCAUGGAUGAGCCGGACGACUGGCUGCUCGCAAAGAUCAUGUAUAAUGUCAACGACUUCUGGUUCGCGCAAUGGAAUCAUCUUGCGAGCACCCAUGAGGUUGUCCAAAUCGCAUAUCUGGCCGCGAUCCGCACCUUGAGCGACGAACAUCCAGUUCUUGCUUUGCUGAACCGGAUCAUGUACGAGGUUUACGCAAUCCAACCACUGGCCGAGACUCUUCUGUUCCUUCCUGGCGCCGCCGUUGAUCAGGUCUUCGCGUACACGGGCAGCUCGGCGAGGGACUACACCACAGGCUUGUAUAACAGUGGCAGCGGCCGGUUCCAAGCCAACUAUUUCACCACCGACCUUCAGUCUCGGGGAUUGAUCAACUCCGACUUCGGCCCUGCCUUGAAACAUUUUCCCUUCUACGAAGACGCCUCGACGAUUUACAAUGCGAUUCAUGCUUUCAUGACAUCUUUUGUCAAUUCCUAUUAUGCCAAAGACUCAGAUAUUACUGCCGACCAGGAAAUGCAAGCGUGGGUGAAAGACGCGCAAGGACCAGCGAAAGCGAUUGACUUCCCGUCCAUCACAACUAGAAGCGCCCUGAUUGAUGCCUUGUCGCACAUGGCUCACCUUGUCUCCACGGCGCACCACACAGUCAAUACCAACGAGCUAUUGUCUGUCAGCUCCACGCUGCCAUUUCAUACCCCAUCGCUCUACCAGCCACCUCCACCAGCCAAAGGUGUCACUAACGUGGUGGAUUUCCUACCGCCGCUUGAAAAGGUUGAAACGCAACUCAGCACGGCAGCAAUUUUCGUGCGCCCUUUCUUCGUCGGCACGGACCGGACGCUGAUGCACAUGUUUGACGAUUCUGCGAUGCUAGGCCGCAUGAAUACCGCCACGCAAGCGGCGGCUGCAACUUUCUACAGCAGCAUGCAGGCGUUCAGCCAACAGGUUGCGGCACGGAAGUUUGAUCAGAAUGGGCUCUCCCAAGGCAUGCCGUUUGUGUGGCAGGCACUGGAUCCCAAUGUGGCACCCUAUUCAAUUACUUCCUGA